CAAAAAGCGAAGAAAUUAUUUUUUGAACUUUCGAAGGCACAGAGAAAUGAAUUCUGGACACACUUCAAUUAGGGCUUUGGGGCAGCGCUCUAUCGCUUCGUCAUUCCUUUCUUGCUCUUCUAAAUCAUCGAGUGAUUCUAAAGAAGAUAUUCAGAGCGAAGCUUCGAAGAAGGGCUCAGGCGUGUCGUUCGCAGACUUCCUCGACCGGAAGCUGCUCACUACUUCUGUGCUACCCAGAACAGUUGAGGGAAAAUCAAGGCCAUUUUCAUCGCCGCUGGCUCCAAUAGAAUCAAUCGGCACCAUUGAUGGGUGCAGUGAGGCAAAGAAAGGUGGGGAAGCAAAGCCAAACUUUGUCAUUGGUAAAGUGUUUUUUGAACAGUUCAAGCAUACUGGUGAAGAGAAAGGAGAUUGUGAAGGUUCCUGUAGUGUUGGUGAAGUGGAAAGUCAUAAAAUAGAUGAGGUACAAGAAUCAAGAAAAAGGAGAAACCCAUUUCAAGGUGAGGAUGAGAAACAAACUGCUCAAAAACAUUUGUUAGUUCUUGGAGGUGAUCCAAAACCAAAGCAAAAGGGAAGGCAAGAAAGAUUUAUUAGCAAGAAGAAGCGGAGCCCUCUUUACAAUCACUAUGCAAAUGGUAGUGGCUGGUGGGACUGCAACAUGGAAGGUGUUGACAAUGAAGAAGUAGGCGUUAAUGAAGUGUGGGAAGGGGUGGGCUCUACCACAUUAGGAGGAAUAGAGUGGCAUUGAAUGAGUAACUCACCAAUAUGUAAUGAUGCUACUAGAGAAUGUUUAUUUAGUUUAUUCCACAUCCGUCUCUGUUUCUGUCUC